AUGAACGGUGGCUUUGCCGAGUACUGCGCGUAUCCUGCUGGCAGGGUAUUCAAGAUCAAGAACCUCUCUGAUGUCGAUGCCACCCUCCUCGAGCCCGCCUCGUGCGCCGCUCACGGUUUGGACAAGAUCGCUCCUAAGAUGGGCUCUUCCGUUUUGCUGUUCGGUGCUGGUCCCACCGGCCUUAUCCUUGCUCAGUUGCUCCGCCAGUGCGGUGGAUGCCGUGUUGUUGUGGCCGCUCCCGAAGGUCUGAAGAUGGACCUGGCCAAGUCCCUCGAAGCUGGUGAUGAAUAUGUCGCUUUGUCCCGUCAGGACCCUAGCGCACAGUUCGAGAAGCUGAAGAAAGAGAACCCCUACGGUUUCGACAUUGUCGUGGAAGCCACCGGCAGUGUCAAGAUCCUCGAGGACUCCAUUAACUAUGUCCGCCGCGGCGGUAAGCUCGUCGUGUACGGCGUGUACAAUAACGAGGCCCGCGUUUCCUGGCCUCCUAGCAAGAUCUUCGGCGACGAGAUCACUAUUCUCGGAAGUUUCUCCGAGACCUACAAGUUCCCCGCUGCCAUUGACUACCUUGACUCUGGUAAGGUGAAGGUCAAGGGCAUCGUGAAUAAGGUGUUUAAGCUUGAAGAGUGGGAGCAGUGCUUGGAGUCGAUGAGGAACAAGUCUGCCAUCAAGGCGGCUAUCACUUUUGACUAG